AUAUAAAGGGGAGAAUAUCACUGGGGCCGCCCGACGCUCGGGAAGCUUCUGGGUCUUGACAGCAACUCCGACAUCGAUACGUACUCAACCCGGCCAUGCGCGGACUCACCAGCCUUGUGGGGUUGGCGGUCGCUACUUCGUUCUUAAGUGUGGCCGUUGCGCAACCUCCUCCCCCAACAACGCCUCCAGCCACUCCUCCAGCAACUCCUGUAGCGACUCCACCAGCGGCGACAGUUACAGUAACGCAAACGGUAGCGGGACCUGCUCCUACUUGUCCGGCUACUACUUGCUUCAACUGCAAUAACCAGGGUUGCAAAAACUUUGGAACUUGUCAAAAUAAUGUGUGUAGCUGUCCCGCAGGAUUCGGGGCAGAGGAUUGUGGGCAGCCGACAUGCGGGUCGCCGAAUCAACAGGCCGCGAAUCGCCAGGCGCGGCCGGUGGGCGGUACUUGCCAAUGUGACGAUGGUUUCAUUGGAGUGAACUGCAAUGUCUGCACGAGGAACGAUGUGUGUAAAGGCGGAUCAGGGACGGCGUUGGGUGAGAGCCUGGUUUGCAACCAGGACCCUGUGACAUGGAAAGUUGGACAUAGCUACUGUGACGUAAAAGAACCUCUCCUUACUCAAGUGUUCCCGAAGGAGAGUACCUUAACCGUGGACAAAGACAUGACCACCGGCGAUGCCUACGGAGCAUUAUGGUACACUGGCCUCGAGCAAUUCAUAUGCCGUGCGAGAAAGUGUCAGCAGGACCGACAGGCCGACGAGGUCAAAUACAGCUGCUCUGAUCUCAGUUGUGCCUGUACACCCGGAGCUGCCUUGUGCGGUGGCACACCAGGCUCGCCGGACUUGAGCCCCAUCAUCAACAGCGCAAGUGGACUGUUGAAGUUUAGCUGUGGGCGAGGGGGUAACAUUACGAGCAGCGACUGUAUUAUCAAGUUUGACUUCCUUGGCGCCCUCUUCCCCAACGGGUUCAAACUCGAAAACUGCCGCCACGGCGAGUGCGCUCUCCCAAGCGACGAUCCCGGCGAAUCGCUUCUCGCCGGCGGACAAACUCUCGGGACAGGCGGCAUCAUCACUGUAGCAGCCGCCCUUGGCCUAGUAGCCGCAAUCAUCGCCGCGUUCGCCUUAGCCUGCGUCAGACGCGCUGCAGCACGGAGUAGAACCGCACCAAAGGGCAGGCGAGGCGCGCAACUACAGGUGCAGAACCUCAGUUAUGCGAUUGGCGGGAAGAAGAUUCUGCAGAAUAUCUCUGGGAAGAUGGAGCCGGGACGGGCGCUGGCUGUCAUGGGGCCGUCGGGGGCUGGGAAAUCUACAUUUUUGGAUAUCGUUGCUGGAAAGGCGAAGAGUGGAGAUUUGGAUGGAACUUUGCUGGUCAAUGGCGAGGCGCUGUCGAUCUCGCAGUACCGUCGUUUGGUGGGAUACGUUGAUCAAGAAGAUCUGUUGAUGGAUACGCUGACGGUCCGAGAGACCCUGAUGUUCUCCGCCAACAUGCGGUUACCAGAAUCCACGUCUACAUCCGAUAAGAAGGACAUCGUCAACGAGGUCAUCGCAUCACUAGGACUCUCGCACAUCGCCGAUUCGCGGAUAGGCGGGUCCCUCAAACGCGGAAUCAGCGGCGGAGAAAAGCGGCGUGUAAGCAUCGGCGUCGCACUAGUAACCAGCCCCGCAAUCCUGUUCCUCGAUGAACCCACCAGCGGCCUGGAUAGCUACAACGCGCACUCGGCCAUAAAAACCAUCACGGAUCUAGCGCACAGGCUGGGCAAAACGGUCAUCUUCACCAUCCACCAACCCCGGUCAGACGUGUUUGCCAUGUUUGAUGAUACUCUGGUUCUGCAGAACGGACAGAUUAUGUAUUUUGGCCCCGCGGAUGAGAUGGAGGAUUAUUUCGCCCGAAUAGGGAAGCCGUGUCCGCCGCAGUACAGUGUCGCGGAUUGGGCGCUGGAUCUCGCGAAUGGCGCGUCGGGGCCGACCGUGACCCAGGUUCAGACGGUGGCGGUUUCACAAAGGCAUGGUGCUCACGAGGAGUGGGAGAUGCCUGAAAUGCAAACGACGACGAAAGGGGGGCAGUCUGCGCGGUCGCCACAUCCCUAUGAGGCUGCUAUCAUCGAUAUCCCCGUUGGGCAACAUGGCGACGACACAAAAAGCAAGUCCCGCAAGGUCAAGAGCCGAUCAGUUUCGGUUGCGCAGAAAGCGGGAUCGGCACGGGACAGAGCGGCGUCCGACGCGUCCAACGAGGACGGCUCCAAACAAUCACGGAACAGCCUGUUAAGACGGCCAAGGUCACUGAACUCUUUAUCGUCAUUCACAUUACCCGCCGGAUCCGAGCGGGACAUGGCCGCGGACGAUAAAGCCUACCGUAUCAGUUUCCUCACCAAACUACAAACCUUACUAGGUCGGGGGUGGCGAAAUUUCUGGCGGCGACCCGGGUUAUGGGGCACGCAUCUCGGCAUCGCCAUCGCAUUGGGCGCUUUUGUCGGCGGCCUCUACUGGCACUCCGACAACUCCCUUGGCGGCAUUCAAAACCGGUUCGGAUCAAUCUUCUUUAUCAUGUCCCUCCUCGGCUUCUCUGGCCUCAGCGCGAUCGGUUCCUUGCACCAGGAACGCGCCAUCUUCAUUCGCGAGCGCGCCAACGGCGUGUACGGCGUCAUACCCUUCCUCGUCUCCCGGUUCGUCUUUGAUAUCAUCCCCCUGCGCGUCGUGCCGGCCGUUGUUAUGGGAUCGAUUGCGUUCUGGAUGGUAGGGCUUACCUCCGUCGGCGCGCAUUUUGCGACUUUUAUUGGGGUUAUGACGCUGUUUGCUGUCAAUGCCGGGUGCUUGUGUUUACUGAUCGCGUGUGCGGUCCGGGAUGUUGGGACGGCGAACUUGGUGGCUAGUAUUGUGUUGCUGUUUCAAAUGCUGUUUGCCGGUUUCUUGCUGAAUCAAGACCAGAUACCCAGUGCCCUAAGAUGGAUCCAAUACCUUUCCGUCUUCCGCUAUGCCUACGAAGCUCUAGUCGUGAACGACCUUUCGGGCCUGACCAUCCAAGACAAUGUCUCUGGCGUAGGAUUGAGCGUUCCUGCCUCUGUUGUCUUACUCAAGUUCGGCUUCAAUGCGGACAAGUUUACGUUCGAUAUCGCCAUGGAGGCGGCAAUCUUCGUCAUCCUGUCGGUCUUGAUCGCCCUAAUCGUCUUCUGGAGACUGAGGGAGACGCGAUAAGGAAGUCAUAAACUGGAAAACGACACCAUCACAAAACAGGAAAUGCUUUCCACCUUCAGUCGCACCCGUUACUCUUGGCUAGCGACGCGGCGUACUGCAACAUAUCAUA